GUUAUUAGCCGAAAAGAUGCUAGAAUGCCACAGUAGAGAUCAACGACGAACACUCGACGCUAAGUUCCCUGCGUUAUCUUCUUUUACACCUACGAUAGACAAGAAUCAAGUCUCUGCUUUGUAUGGCUUUCAUCAGCGAGGAUGCAUGAGGAGGCUGCGGACGAGGGGCAGGAGACUUCGUUAAAAUUAAGGGGCGCUGGACUUGAAGAUGAGCCGAGACCUUUGUCAGGAAGCCGACAGACGGAGGAGUCUGGCGAAGACGAGCUGAGCCGACUGGACGUCGAUCUGGACGCCAAGUCCAGACGACACAACUUGACGUCCUGCAACGUGCGCACCAUUCUGCACGAGGUGAUCACUCACGAACGCGUGGUGGCCAUGAUGAAAGCUGCCAUCAGAGACACUCAGGACAUGCCCAUGUUUCAGGAGCCGAAGAUGACUCGCUCAAGAUUGAAGAGGGCCAUCCAGCAAGGACAGUGCCUCGACUGGAGUUUGUCUGCAGAACAAAGUUCCCUGCCUCCUCAGUUUGUCGACAUCCAUCUUGACGCCGACGAAGACUCAUCCGACGAAGAGUACUGUCCUGAAGAUGAUGAUGAUGAUGACACUGCGGAAGAGUCUUUCCUCAGUGACGGUGACAUCGUUUCGCCUCCCAAAGUUCAACACUGUGACUGCAGAUCCCAGGGGGACUCGAGGGCCGCCGUCCUCGACCUCACAGAUGCCGCCGCUGGCCCCUCCUUCCUGGAACGCCUCAACGCUGUUGAGGAGGAGCUUGACUGUGGCCCCGCCUACACAUCUUUUUCGUCUCACAGGACUGACGAGGACGAGGAGAAGGAUGAAGCCUCCAGCAGUCUGGCAUUCCGCACACGGUCUAAACUUCGCCUGGUCAACGUCCCCCUGGAGCAGCUGGAGGCGGAGCUUCUGGCCCCCGACAUCACGGCCGACAUGUAUGAGCAAAACCCUGCCCGCAAGGAGGAAGACCGCCAUUGGACGCGCUGGCUGCACGGACUAGUGACGCCCGACAACGGAGAGGAAGUCGAUGACGACGACGACCCGGAGUAUAACUUCUUGGACGACCUGGAUGAACCCGACCUGGAGGACUACAGGACAGACCGGGCCGUUCAGAUCACCAAGCGAGAGGUCAACGAGCUGCUGGAGGAGCUCUUCGACAGGCUCCAGGAUCAAGAACCAGCUGAUGAUGAGGAGGAGGAGGAAGAGGAGCAUCCAGCUGAGGGGGAGGAGCAAGAGGCCGGCCCCAAAUUCAAUGUCCCUCAGGCUUUGUGCUUCAAACCACCUUUAGCCGGCAUGCUAACGGAGCGGCGGCGAGCGGUGCGACAACAAUUUCAAGCCGUGCAGCACAGGAGAGCCCUGCAGGACACCACCAACCAUCCCGCUGACAAGACUGCCGUGCCACCUGCACCCCCACACGCUACAUGGCUGCUUCAUGGUCCACUAUGCCCCACCUUGCAGCUGGACUGCGCCCACAAACUGCAACUGCAACAGCAAAUCCAGCAGCACGUGCAGCUUCUGACGGAAGUUCAUUUGCUGAGUUGCGGCAUCGGCGGCCUAGAACACGAAGCGUCCGUUACCAAACACUUCCUUGUCGGUCAAGUACACAACAGAAAUGCUGCUGACCAGCAAACAAACAAUCAAAUGAACAAACCUGUUUUGCAGGAAGAGCUGCAGUGUUUUGCCAUGCGGCAGGAACAGCUCUUCUGCGUCUCAUCUUUCCGGGCGUGCAACCUGCAGGGGGCGCUGGACCUUCUUCAGGAGAGCGAGCGCAGAUUGGACCUUCCUCCUCCUCCACCCCGCGUUUCCAGGCGCUGGCUCCCCGUCAUGUCGUCCUCCACCAAUAGCCACGCCUUCCCCGUACUGCCCUCUGACACCGCCUGGCUGCUUGCCACACGACCGGUCUUCCUCUACCCAGAACUACUUCCUGUUUGCAGCCUGGACCCUUCCCACCACACGCGACCCCAUCGCAGUCUUUUUACUGUAGGAGAGGACGGGCUGAUUGUUUUAGGUCUGAAGCACUUCGAGGGGGCCAUCCAGCCAGUGCAAUUGAUCAGCUCCUACAUGGUCUGUAAGAGUGCGUGGCACUUGACAAAACACAUCCGAGAGAUGAGCGGCUCCAGAGCGCCGCGCGAAAACAUCCUCAAGAUGUUCCUUGCGCAGCAGCUCGUCACCCCCCUGCCACUGGCCUGUGCAAGAGUGCAACCAGAGGACCAGCGCCCCCCAGUGGAGAGAGACCCCUCCAUCAUGCCCAUCUGGCUCAAGAACAGCCAAGAGAUCAUCUGGAAGACACAAGUGAACACCUCUGCUCCAUGCUACCCUCUCUUCCAUCCCAGAGGCUGCAACCUUCGACUUCACCCCUCCCGCCUCAAAAGGUCCUUACGCCAGCCCGGCCCCUCCCAAAGACGUCUUUUCACCCUGGCCCAUAAUGCAUCUCUGCACCCCAUCUGCCCGGCCGAAAGAAAGGCGGACUUUCUCCGUUCCUCUCGGCCCGAAGUCUCCGCGACGAGUCCUGCGGUGCCUCGCUCGGUCGCUCCGCUCCAACCCAGCUACAUCCUCCUUCAAAGAGAUGCUACGUUGCAACUUCCGCCCACUGCUGAGUCGCAACCCAAACCCGUCCCGGCUCUGAAGGGACCGAUCGCGUCACACGCACACCGGCCAGAGGAGGGACCCAACACGUACUAUGAAAACACAUCAUUGUGUCAACAGGCUGGACGCCACUGGACCAAUGCAGAGGAGAAAGGACAAGGAGAGGAAGAUGAUCAGGCAAGAGGAAAAGAAGCACAAGAAGAGCGAGUGCGGCAGGCAGAAGGAAAGGAAGGACAAGGAGAGGAAGAGGAGCAGGCAGGAAGAAAGGAAGGACAAGGAGAGGAAGAGGAGCAGGCAGGAAGAAAGGAAGGACAAGGAGAAGAAGAGGAACAGGCAGAAGGACAAGGGGAGGAAGAGGAGCACAGAGGUGGAAAGGAGGGACAAGGGGAGGAAGAGGAGCAGGAAGAAGAAGGACAAGGGGAGGAAGAGGAGCACGGAGGAAAGGAAGGACAAGAGGAGGAAGAGGAGCAGGAAGAAGGACAAGGGGAGGAAGAGGAGCAGGCAGGAGGAGAGGAAGGACAGGGAGAGGAAGAGGAGCAGGCAGAAGAAGGACAAGGGGAGGAAGAGGAGCGGGGAGGAGAGGAGGAAGAAGAGCCAGGAGACGGAGAGAAGGAUGAAGAUCAAGAAAGGCAAGAGGAGGAGGAGGAUGAAGACUUUGAUGAGCUCACGCAGGAUGAAGACGAGGAGGAGGCAUUGUCGUCUGCAUCUGAGGAGUCUCUUCUGUCCAUCCCGGAGCUGCAGGAGACCAUGAAGCAGCUGGCCUGGCUGGCAUCUAAGAGGAGGCUCGGCGCCGACGCGGAGUCUGAGGAAGACCACUCGCCGACCUCGCCGGGUUCGCAAGAGGAAGAGGAGGAGGAGGAAGAAGCACCCAAAGGAGACGAGCCCAGCAGGAAGACGACGACGACGACGGAAGACGACGACGGCGCAAACGCCUGCGAGGAGGAAACACCCCGAACAGGACGAAGAGGAGGAGGGAUACGAGGAAGAGGUCAACAGAGUCGACCUCUUCGAGGGGCGCGUCGAGCUCGGCAAGAGCGUCCCAGUAAAGAUGAGAGGAAAGUGAGUCUGCUGUACGAUGAAAACAUGCUGGAGAACGACCCUCAGCGUCACAGCAAGGAUGUGGCCUUCGCUCACAGUUACCUCAACAGGGUUCGGGAGGCAUUGCACGACGUCCCGGAGAAGAUGGAGGAGUUUGUGUCUCUGCUGAACGACCUCGAGCGGCUCGAAGGACAGGAAGUUGUCCGUGUCUUCAGGAAGCUGCGCUGUAUCCUGGGAAACCGAACAGAAUUAACGCAGGACUUUGCUGCCUUCCUGCAUCCCGAGCAGGCGCUCGAGUGCGGCCUGUUUCAAGAGCAACAGGCCUUUGAGCGCAGUCGGCGUUUCUUGCGACAACUGGAGAUCACGUUCGGAGAUAAUCCGUCUCACUACAACAAGAUCAUCAAGGCUCUGCAGCCUGGACCGCACCUCACCCCCGCCAGCAUCAACGAGCUUAAAGCCCAAAUGGCCAUCCUGCUCAAAGGACACCCUCAUCUGCAAGCUGAAUUCUGGGUGUUUUUCGACGAGCUCCGCCCACCGCCGGCUCGCCCGGGACAGUUUGAGGAAGCUCAUUGGCCGGAGGAGGGUGGAAUCCGCUCUGAGGUAGGGGAGGGCGGAGGCUAUCUGACGGGAGGUGUGGCCAAUGGCGCUUUCGAGGAAGUCACCUUACCGGACGAGGACGAGCACAAGAUGGACACCGCCAUGAACCGGCGUCUGAGGAAGCUGCGCUCCCGCUCGGCUGACAAGGGAUCUGAUUGGCUGUGCCUCUGUCAAGACUCCAAGAGCCGCACGCACCGUCGGAGAGGAUGCCCUCGCUGCCACGGCAACAAGGGCUCAGGGGGCGUGUCCAGAGCCAUGAAGAGUCUGGACCCGCUCUACGCUCAGAUAGGCUCUGCCUCGGAAGACAAGGAUGGCGAUGUGAAGGUCGCAGACUUCGCUUGUCCUGUCGCGCCGUCGUGGGAACGCUCGUUCCCGUUGGCCGCCGACGAAGGCGACAAGAUGUCGCCGCCUCCCAAGAGGAAAAGAGAGGAGGAGCUCCACCCCCCACCCAUCCCUCCCUGCGCGGCCCCCGCACCUUCAGAUCUGCCCGUGUGCGCCAAGAACAUUUCACUGACGCCCAGCGGAGAGAAGGUCAUCCUCUGGACCAGGGACGCGGAUCGGGUCAUUUUGACAACGUGCCGGCAGGAGGGAGCCAAUCAGAACACCUUCCAGGGCAUCUCCGGUCUGCUUGGCAACAAGACUCCCGCUGAGGUUUCUCGCCGCUUUCGGGAUUUAAUGCGUCUUUUCCAGAGCGCGGCCCGUCAGGCCGGCUCGGAGGAUGAAGCUCCGCCCUCUGAGCUUGACACCAAUGAAGAACUGGACUGACGUUUCGCUCUUUUCACCAUUUGGUGGUGUAUUGUUUAUAAGUGCUCUGUGCUCACUAUUUAAAUGUUUUAUAAGAAUAAAAAGCGUGAA